AUGAUGCUUCCGUCGGCUGUGGAGAUGGCCAGAAAGGCGGCGCUGGCCAUGUCGCCGACUGUAGCUCUCCUAGGCAUCAUGAUCAUGAUCGUGAUUUACCAGUUCGUCCACCCGCGAAGAGCGAGAGAUCCGGAGCCCCUUCAGUGCGAGAAGCCACGAGACGAAAAUGACCGCUUCCGAUACGAUAUAUUCGGCAUCGCGAAAGCCCUCGAACUAGGAUAUCACCUUCGUCGCAGAAGUUCCCUUUCAUACACCAAUGCAUUGUUCAGCCGAUAUGGAGAGACCUAUGCUUCACGGGUAAUGGGGCAUCGACUUGUGUUUACGUGCAACCCCGAGAACACGACGCAUUUGCUAUCCACUGCAUUCGCAGAUUUUGAUAGCUCGCCCCUGAGAAAACCGAUGUUUGAGCCGAUCACGCCGCAUGGGAUUUUCACCCUCGACGGCGCAGACUGGAAGACGAGUCGAGGCCAGCUACGCGGACGAUUGGCCAAUCUGAGGAAGAUCAUUGAUUUGGAUCAGUGUGAGGCGCAUUUCCAAGCAUUUCUCAGACAUGUACCGGUGGAUGGAACCGUAUUUGACGUUCAAGCCUGUAACUUUGCUUUGUCUUUGGAUAUGCAAACUCUUUUCUCGUUGGGGGAGUCGGUCGAUGCUCUCAGCUUGACUCCGUCCCCAGAGAAGAAGCAAUUCGUCGAUGACCUCCUUCUUGUCAAGAACCGCAUUGUCGACGAUGGGUUCAGGGGACCUCUGCGUCAUUUGUUUCCCCGGGGCCGAUUCCUUCGCGCGUGCAAGAGAGCGCGAAGUUUCGUGUUAGCACACGCCACUCGCGAGGUUCAGAAGAGAAGAGGGGAGAAGGUCGAUUCCAAUAUAGAACGCCAAGAGAUCUCUCAAUUCGCCGAUGAAGCUUUGAGUAUAUUGCUAGCAAAUGAUAGCAUGGGCACUGCAUUGUCAGGCAUGUUUUAUUGUCUUUCCAGGAGCGAACGCGUCGUCCGCAAUCUCCGUGACAGCAUUGUUGAUACGAUUGGCCUUGCACCUCCGACAUGGGGUCAGCUCAGUUCUCUCCAUUAUGUUCGUUGGGUGAUCUUCGAAGUCCUAAGACUUUACCCUGCCGUUGUCCUCAAUGCAAGAGUCGCGAACAAACAUUGCACCCUGCCCAGUGGUGGUGGGGUUUAUGGAACCUCGCCAAUCCUGGUGCGCAAAGGUGAGAUAGUGGUGUUUUCCACCUGGGCUCGACAUCGCCUGGGAGAAGAAUUUGGCGUCGCACCGGAGGAGUUCCGGCCAGAGCGAUGGGAACAUCUGGGGGAUAUGCCCGGGUUCAUCCCGUUCAACAAAGGACCAAGAAUAUGUCCUGGUCGUAGGUUUGCUCUUGGCUGUUGGUAUUCUAUCUAA